ACGAAUUCAAAUAUAUCAAUUAAUCAAAACUUACUUUCACAAAAAAAAUAAUAUACUAUAUAAUAAUCAAAACUAUAAAAAAUGAUUUAUUAGCAUAAGAACUCCAUACCAGAGUUAAAGGACUUAAGUGAGUAAAGGUAUCUAAUGAGGCUUUAGCAGAAACAAAAAGAUCCUCUAUAGCAGUAAUUUUAAUAAUAGCAAUAAGGUACAUAUUUGCUGAAUGUAUAAGACCCUUAUUUAAAUUAAAUAAACGAUAAUUCGAAUCCCAUUCAAAUAUAAUAAAUGUACAUAGGAAAAUCUGAGUAAAAAUAGUUUGUAAAUUAGGAUAUCAUGGAGGAAUUCCCACUUGAUAAAAACUAAUAGUCUCCAUUUGCACACAGGACUAACUAGCAAAGGAGUAAAACUAUAUCGCUCAUGAAUUAUAAGGAAAUAAGAAACAACAGUUAAGAAAAUAAUUAAAAAGGUAUGAACACUACUUCAAAUUAGCAGGGAAAUAAAGCUUUCAUUUAGCAGCAAGAAGGGAAUAGAAGAGAGUAGCUCUAGUAUUAACCAACUUCUACUCUUGCUAAUAACUAAAUGAAUUUGUAAAGCCCUACUGAUAACUCGUAUAAAAAAUAUGAUCAAAAUAUAAAUACAGCUUACUAUCCUCUCAAUCAAAUGUAGCUGUUAAACUAAUAGCAGUUCUCCAAUUAAUAGUAAAUAAAUAAUUGCAACAAUUUAAAUUUAGAUUAUGUGCCUUAAUCCAAUUAGGCUUAGUAUUUGAAUUAGCUAUAAACACCUUAAAGCUCUUUACCUUAAUACUAAAUUAAUAGAACAAACAAUCACUAAUUAAAUUUCAUAGAUAAUCAAAAUAAUGGAGUAAGAUCUAAUUCUUAAUAAGGGUACUUAGAUCCCUCUACUGCUCCUGUAAGAGGUAAUUCAUAGCAACACAAUAUUGAUUUAAAUGGAACAAGGUCUAAUUCUUAAUAAGGGUUCCACAACUAUUCUGUUGGUACUCCUCUUGGAAUGAAAUAAAAUUACAACCAUUUUCUAUCAUAAAAUUAAAUUCUCACUAAUUAAACUUAAGGUCUGACAAACAUGACAACAACAAAUAAUAAUAAUUCUUUAGAAUCAUUGAUUGAUUUAGAAAAUAAAUGGAGCGAUAUAAAAAGAGUUCAUUAGAAUUUUUAACAAAGGUCUCUUUCUAACAGCUCUUCUUCGAACAGUAUUGCACCAAAUCACCGUCCUAAUUCAUCUCUAAACGUUUCUACUAACAAUAAUUUAUCUUUUAUAAAUGCAAGUAGUGCUCUUGUUGACUAAGUAGUAAACAACUCUAAAAAUUUUUAAAACUCCUCUAUGCCUCAGACCCCAUUUGAAUCGAAAUUAGAAAAACAAAACUCAAUUUAAAGCAAUACAAAUAAUAAUAAUAGCAACAACAAUAACAAUAAAUUAAUCAAGAAAGUUGUCCCUCUCAGCAAAAUUAAUUUGAAUUCCAUAAUACAGACAACAGGUUCUAAUAGUUUUAUGAACUCUAAUCAAUUCUCAACAGCUAAUUCUUCUAAAAAUACUAAAGUUAAAUUAAAUUUACAUGGUUCUUUUUAAGAGUAAAUAAUAGAUAAAAACAAUCCUUUUGAAAGUUAAAGUUUACCUGGUUCAACUAGAGGGCAUCAUGACUCAUUCUAAGGUUUAAACUACAAUCAAACUCAUUCAACAUACAAUAAUAAUCAAAGCUAAAGCUAACUUUAUGAGUUUGAUUCUCGUCCAACUCAAAAUAUGAACUAUAACUAAAAUAAAAUUUAAGAUAAUAGCUAGAAUAGCAAUUUAAGUAUGUUUAACCUGCAUUAAAAUAACCAAUACAUUGACUCUGGAUUUUUGUCACAUCAGGUCAGCCAAGCUCAUGCGAGCAGUACAAAUGAGCUUUAUAACAGCUCUAUACCCAAACAACAGCUUAAUAAUGCAAAUUUAUAUCAGUAAAAUAUCUACUAAAUAUCUUCUGGACAGUAAUAACAUUAACUUAUGAAUCCUACAACAACCCAUUAAAAGUGUCUGUCAUACUAAGAUUUAAAACCACAACAAUGUUUCAAAAAUAAUUCAAUUAGUAUUUAAGAAAACUACUAAUCUAACAGUUUAUUAGAUAAUAAUUUAAGCAAUUAUCUAGAAUUUAAUGUUAACAAUCACCAUAGUAGUAAUAAUAACAAUUAUAGUUUGAAUAAUACAAUGAACAUUACUAACAAAACAUUAUAUUCUAAUACAAACUUACAAUAAAAAAUUAAUGGAAAUUAUAAAUAUUAAUAAAAUUUUUCUUAAAGCCCAAACAAAACAAAUGGAAUUUAUUUAAAUCCUAACUAGCCCACGAAUAUUAAUUUUGAUAAUACUCAAUCAGCAAAUAAUCCAAACUAUGUUUCUUUUGAACAAAAAUAAGGUGAUGAUUAAUUUAACAAAUUUAAUAACUAAAUUAACUAAUUUUAGCAUAGCAACCAUUAAACUGCUAAUUUUAAGCAACCAAACUCUUAUACUUAAGAUUUAAAUAAUGGUUUAACUGUAAUUUACUAAAACAAGGGUAAUCAAAAACCUUUUACUACAAGCUCAACUAAAGAAAACAAUGAAUGCAAAAGUAAGAAUUAAGAUAUACUGCUUCAAUCACCACAAAUAAACAAUCAAUAAAGAUUAAACUACAGAGCAAGUCCAAAUUCUUUGUAAGCUUAAUAAGCGCAUAAUGCUCAAAGUAAAGAAAGGAAAUCACCUAACUCAAAAAAUGCAUCUGAUAUAAAACCAAGAAAAAAAUCAUAAGAAGAAAUAAUCAAUGUUUAAGAAUAAAAUAAAAAGAAAACCUACAGUGAAUAGCAAUUUGAAUUUAUGAAGCAGCUUCUCCCAACUUACUCUCAACAUAUUACGAAAAAGAAUUUAUUUUCAUAGGCUUUAGCUCAAUAGAAGGGAUCAUUUGAUUUAAAUUCAGUUUUACCUAAUUAAAAUGCUUAAAACUAGCUAGACUUCACUCCUAUUUAAGAACAUGCCAGCUAAAAUGAGAUUGAUAAUCACUUGUAAGCAAAAUACAAUGAAUAUAAAUAACGAAUAUAGUAUUAAUAAAGAGAUAAUAAUGGCAAUAAUUAGGGAUUAGAAAAUGCAUAUAAAACAGCUAAUUCUAAUAUUUAUGCAAAUUCAUAUUUACAAGCGGCAAUAAAUCAUACAUAGAACCAAGCUUCUUUAUCAUCCAAGAAAAGACCAUCUACUUUUUAAAAUAGUAAUUAAGGGUAAAGUUAGAAGGAAGUGCAGCUCAAAGACCAUUAUUAGACUGCAUAUAUUUCUGAAAUCAUAAAAGAUUAAAGAAAUAUUACUAAUGAGUGCAAUGAGAAAGUUAGCUUGAGCUAAAAGCUGAUAGAUUAAGAAAAUAGAAAUCCUAAUAAUGCUUAAGUUAGAUAGUUAGAUCAUGAAAGUUUAUUAAAGUUGAAGCAAGGACUGAAGCAUAGCAACAGUCAGGGUUAAAACGAAUUUAUACAAAUGUAAAUUUAGUUAUAAUAAUAAUACUAAUCAGUUAACAACGGGAGUGCUUGCAAUAAUUAGCAGAGCAAUAACAGCUAAAUUACACAACAAAAAACCUAUAGUCCAAGAGUUAAUUAUAAAAUAAUUUCUGAAAAUAUAAAAAAGUAAAAAUUUGGGGUAGUUUAAAAAAAUGAGAAAAUUAUUUAGAAUAACUAAGCAGAACAAACAAAGAAAAGUUAUGUGUAGAAUCCCUCAUAAAAUAUCAGCAAUUAAAGUUAAUCCUUUUUCCCUGAACAGCUUCUUGUACCAGUUAGUAAAUCAUUCAUAGAGACUAAGAAAGUGCAAGCCAACUCUAAUGCAGAGAAAAGUGUAAACGAAAUGUAUGAAAAUAAAAAUUUAAACUCAAAUAACUUAAAUGUGAUCAACAAAAAAAAUAGCAAAUUAACUGAGAUACCAAUAAAACAGGUAGUUUCUAAAAAGAUCCUACCAAAGUAUUAAUCUGUGGCGACAGACAUAAGUGAAGAUAUGAUAAAUAAUAAUAAUUCAGGUAAUAUAGCAAAAACAAUUUAGUAAAAUAUCAAAGCUUACUAAAAAACUUAAACUGAUGAACCAAAGAAAAAAAAGCUAUCAAUAACUUAGGCUGAGUUGAAUAUUCCUUAAAAUUAAAAUUCUCAAAAGAUUCAACAGCAAGUUCCUUCAUCUACAAAAUAUAAUUCUUAACAAAUUGGAUUUUAAAAAACAGAAGUUGAAAAAACCACAUUAAAAAGACAGCACUCUUCAUCAACUAGCAAUGCUAUUUAUGAUCCAUUUAAAAUAGUAAGUUAAGAUUAAUAGGCAGUGAAAGGAUUGCAACCAGUAAAUUAACAAAACAAUAGCACAUAUGAGUGUAACCUAAAAAUUUUAGAUAAUUUUGGAAAUGAAAACACUAACGCUUUAGCUUAAAAUAAUUAAAAUAGAUAGUCUUAUUUAUUAAAUAAAAAUAAUCCUUCCGCUAACUAUAACAAAAUACAAUGCAUGCCUUGCAAUAAAAAUUUAGUAGAAGCCAAACUAUAAAAGAAAGAAGAAUAAAUAAAAAUCACAAAGGGAAAAGUAGAGUAAAAAUUAGAGGUAAAUAGGGAGAUCUUACAAAAUUAAUUACCAAUUAAAAGCAUAAGCGGAGCUCAUAAUAAAUUGAGUCAAUAACCCUAGCAAUAAAGUUAGCAGCCUAAAACCUACUCAUCUUUUAUUAUCCCAAAUUUAGUUUUUAAUUGA